AUGCCUGCAACUCCUGCAUCCACUUCUGGCACUCUGAAUGCCGGAAGCCAUUACCGACCCCUGAAGCUGAGCCUUGGAACUAUUUCCUGCACAUUGGCAAUGGCUGGAUCGCGGGUCCGUGCAUGCAUCUCUCAAUAUCAGACGGAAGCUGCCAACAAUGGUCUAUCUUCUGACCGGAUAAAGUAUUUUAAAGCUGGGCUGCAAUGGGAGAUGAAUACUUUUGUCACACCACUCCUGCAGUACUCAGCUUCACAGAAUAUCGUGUCGGUUCUUCCGGUCCCUGUCGCUUAUAUCCUUAAGUUGUAUCCCAUGCUAACCUGGAACACGGUUCCGGACGACGUCUUUUCAUUCCACCUCCUUUCAUUUGAUGAUGAGGCAAUUGCAGGACAUCCGUCCCGGAUUGUGUUUGCAUAUACAUGUCCAUGGUGGAUGGGAAACACCACAAUCCCGGAUCAACCAUGGCAGUGGGAUGAAAUAAUGGCUUCCUGCGUCUCUCACUACCAGUAUUGGGCGCUUAAUGUUGAGGAUGAUGCUUUGGUUCUUCCAGAGAAGUUGAGAAACACUUCGACUCCACCACUUAUGGGACUGAGGUGGAUUAAAGAACGCAUGGAAGCAUUGAUGGAGGAGCAAGAUCAGGGCAUCAAAGCCAAGAUGGCAGAGGUGAAGAUGUACACUGACAUGUUAGAGAAAUUGAGGAAAGGCAAAGGAGUGUAG